AAAUAACGUUAAAGCAUUCACAACCAGAUACAUAACAAAUAAAAAUUCACAAGUGCAAUAUAAUUCUGCAAGGAAAACAAAAAACUAAGCACACAUAUCAGCGCAAGCACACUCACGCACACGCACACAUAUACAUGCAAAUUUACACAUACAUAUGUAUAUAGCGUGUGCUUAAAAGAAAAAAUAAAUUCGGUUGUGUGAUAAACAUAGGCGCUAUAAAAUACCUGUACACACUCACACACACACACACGCACACAGCUACGGCAUGGAGGCAUGAUUGUCGCCAUGUAAUUUUCACUUUGAGCAACAAGAGCAACGAACAGCAACAACAACAAGCAGAACUUGCUUAACAUGGCACUGGAGCACAGUUUUCUGGGCACAUGGGAGAUUGUCUCCUGUACGUUCGAGGGAAAACCCGAAAUUUCUGGACUGGAAGGCAUUAAAUUUCGCUUGGAUGAUACUAGCGAUAUAACCUGGUAUAAUGAUCUGGUUAGUCCACUUCCUGAAACAAAAGACUGCGGCACUUGCUGUGACUCGGCAAGUGUUUUAUUUAGCUGUGAGACUUUCGAUGUGCACGAAGCCAAUCCGCGCCUUAUCUUUGGCGCCUUCGCCGGGCAUAGCAUCGAGUUUAGCACAAACACGCUGCUGCCGACUGACACGCUUGUGCUUAGCUGCGAGAACUGGUAUGCGGUGGAAUGCAAGCGGCUGCAGGAUGGCCAGGCAGCCGGCCAGGAGCGCCAGUUUAGCUUUGGCGAGGCACUGCAGGAUGCCUACUUCAGCGAUGUGGUUGUCAUGAGCGCCAGCGGCAUGGAAUAUGCGCUGCACGCCUCCAUCUUGCGGCUCAACGGCUUCGACUGCAGCAUGUGUGUCAACAGCGGCGCUGCCAUGACCUUGGCUACGCCACCGCGCAAGCCCAAGAGCAAUCAAGGCGGCAGUGCCAUACGCAUAUCUGUGGCGCCGGUGGGCAUUGUUGCUGCUGCUGCCGAUGAGCUGGAGCAGCAGCAGCAGCAGCAGCAGCAUCAGCUGCGGCCACGUCACAAUUUAUCGCCCAUUUACUUGCAACCUCCGUGCGAAUUAAGCCCUGGCACAAUAACAACAAUAGCAACAGCGCCCGGUGGCUUGGGUGGAGUGCGUCUGCAUCAGCUUAGCAGCAGCUUCAAUUGCCUGAGCAAUGGCAAUACUCAGGAUGCCAACAAUGGUGAAGGCAAGGGCCUGCUUAGCGUCGAUGGUGGCAUGCGCCGCUUUCCGCCCACCUCGCACUCGGACUCGCAUCUGGAAACCACUCAGCUGCAUUGCGAGAAUAUUUUCAACUUUUGCCAAGAUCUCAUGCUGCAACCAAUCGCCUCGCCGGUGCAUCCCACUGUUGGCAUAUCCAUUUGCAGCACACGGCGACCACCACUGUCGCCUUAUCGUGCGCGCAGCCCGUCGCCAUUUCCCAGCUCCAUGGAUACGCCGCCAUCGUCACCGCUGACGCCAGUUGGUGUGCUCUACAAUCUACCCACGUUCCUGCUCAGUCCCAUACUCCACUGGCUCUACACAGAGUCGCUGAUGCCCGAACUGGACGAGGACAUCUGCGAGAAGCUCAUCAACUUUGCCGAAACGCAACCAUCGCUGACGAAGCUCGUCGAGCCCACACGCAAGUAUCUGCGGCUGAUGCGGCUCAAGAAAUUUGUCAUCAAUGUCACAAUGGAUCUGCAUGGCAUACUCAAUCGCGUGCUGCAGCGCAUCGAUCCGCUCAGCAUCUCGCAUCAGCCCGCACUGCUCUAUGCCACUUUUCAGGAUGCGUUGCGUGAAUGCGCCAUCGGCUGCGCCAAGGUUCUGCAGUUUUGCAACAUUUUCAUUAAGGAUGCCACGCAUCUGGCGCGAUAUCAAAAGAACGAGAUUAUCAAAUAUAUACGCACCAGGAUACCGAUCUUUAUGACGCAAGUGCAGCAGCUGCUGCGCAAUGUGCUUGGCGUCUUUGUAAGUCUAAACAAUGAUGAGAAGGCCGAGCUGGUCACCUAUCUUGUACCUGAGAUUGAAUCUACUUUAUUGAUUUUAACCGCUGUGAUAGAGGAAAUCAAAAACUCAUUGGAAUCAAUGUGCAAAGAUUUGAAAUGCUCACACUUGGACCUGUCGAUGCAGCAACAGCAAACGGAUGAUGCCAUUGCUAUGCAGCUGCAAUAUGGAGAUAGCGGUGUGUUGUCACCACGACCACGGCGUGGACCACCGAUUGGCCUGGCGCUCUACGACAGUCCGGGCGAGAAUCAACGCAUUAACUCGGCGGAAAAUGAUCUCAAGUUUGUGCUCUAUAUGUAUGAAGUGCGCAAGAUGCGCGAUAUAUAUGGCCGCAUAGCAGCUGCGCUGGAAAUCAUUAAGGAUAAGAAGAGCACAUUCUGUGAAAUGGACUUUCUUAGCAAACGCAGCACUAUCAAUCAAAAUCUAGAACAGCUGAUUGUGGAUAUACCCGCUUAUAUAUUUAUUAUGGAGAACUUAUCGGACCGCCUGGACGAUAAGCUUGGCUGGAAGGAGUUUAAAUUCUGCUUUAAGCUUGCCACCAGCCAAAUUAAUGGCGUUAUAGUCAAACUGUUGGAUCAUAAGACGGCAUUGGGCGCUGCCAUACAGCAGAUAUGCAAACUGGUGCGCAAAUAUGAGUUUACGCAGUCAAUUAUGGAGCUGGGGCUGCUGGAGAGCUGCAAUCAGCUGGAGCACGACAUGAAGCUGGCCGAUCAUGAGAACAAUAUGGAUAUGGGGCUCAAGGAUAUGGACGGCAGAUCAAUGGAGCGCAAUGCGUACUUCGAUUAUAAUAAUAUUAAGCUCAACUUGGUGCGUCAUUUAUGCGAGCCACCCAUUGCUGCAAACAGUUGCCUAUCGAAGAACGCCUUGCGGCUGCUGCACUCGGCCCAGCUGGCCGACAUGGAGUUUGAGGUGCAUACCUAUGCGCCCUCGCCCACGCCCACGCCUGCGCAGACGCCGACGCUGACGCUGGAUGAUGGUGGUGGACCUACCACCACCGUCAAGUUGCAAGUACAUAACUUCAAGGCGCACCGCGUCAUAGUUGCCGCCCGCUGCGAAUGGUUCAAGAAGGCGCUCAUGUCCGGCAUGCAGGAGUCGAUAAAUAGAAAAGUGAUUAUAACCGAUACUACGCCCGUUAUAUUUCGUCGUCUAUUGUUGUAUCUCUAUGGUGCGCCCAUUGAUCGCACUGUGGGUGCCGAGCAGAUCUGUGAGCUAAUGCUGCUGGCCGAUCGCUACUCCAUUGAUGAUCUCAAGGAGCUGUGCGAGAAUACGCUGAAUGCUUUAAUUGAUGAGGACUCUGUCGUCUGUCUGCUGGGCAUUGCCGAUCGCUACAUGGCCACUGCACUCAAGUCCAAUUGUCUGUCGUUUCUGUCGCAGCACUCACAGCUGACCAAGUGUGAAAUGUUUAAGAAGCUGCCGCAAAGUUUACAGCUGGAAGUGAUGGACCUGAUACACUGGUUUGGCCGCGUCUCAGAGCCUUGGAACGACCGCAGCUCGCGUCACAGCCUGAAGAGCCCCUCCAAGCCGCGCUCGAGAUCUCGCAAGUCCUCGCCCUCCUACAUGUGACGUCAGGCAAGUGCCAGCGAAUUGUCAAAUUGCGCAAAUUUCCUGACAGCAAAUAGAAAUUGAAGUGAACGAAUUACAAAUUGUAUGCCCUAUAAUAAAAAUAGUUCUCAUGCAUAAAAACAUAACAUUUAGGUCAAAUAAUAUAUAUCUAUGUAUCGUUUAUUAUACGUAUGAUAUUUAUUGUCGCAAAUGAAUUGUAAAACGUUUUUGAAUAUUUAAAUGUUUAUUAAUAGCGUAACGUAACGUAACAUUAACAUACGUCAUAUUCCUGUAACGUCAUAUGCAUCAAUUUAUUUCCAGACUCUCUUUGAUCUCUCUUGAAUUACUAUGAACAUACAAAUAGCUGAACAAUUAUGAAUGAAUGCUAGGUUAAUGUUGUUGUCAUAUAUUUUUAAUUUUUUCA